CUUAACCCUAAGCGGCUUGAAGAAUUCGGAAUGGAGAUGUUCCAAUUCUUCGAAAAACGUCACCUCUAAUUUUUUACACCAAUCUAAUAUAUAAUAUUAUUACCGUACAUUAUAAAAACGUUCGACUCAAGUGAUAUCGACGCAUUGUCAAAAAAGUUACAUUCACCUAAACAACAAUAACGUGUUCAUUCAUAGCUACAUCUUUUCAAGCUGCGUAUUUAGUGGUGACAUUGAGACAACAGGAAAUAUCCUAAAGCUAAGAAGAAUGGGUAAUGUGAUAACUUCUGCCGUGUCAGCAGCUGAUGUAAUUAAGCCAAUGCAUCAGGAACAAAUUACAAAGCCUUCGCAUCAUGGGAUACACAAACCAGAAGGAGACCCUCCUCCAGAGUGUCCUAUGCAUAAUAAAUUUGCACAGCAGAAGCCACCUCCUACAUACAGUAGUGAAUGUCCAAUAAAUGACAUGGCUCAGAAUGACAUUAAUCCCCUUAACAUGAUGCCACCAGCUAAUCAACAACCAGCUCCAGAUCAACCCUUCCCAUUGCCAACAAAGAGAGAAGUCUCCUCCAUACCAAAAGCAACAGCAGAGGGGGAAUUUUGGGUAUAUCCUUCACAACAGAUGUUUUGGAAUGCUAUGUUGAGAAAAGGGUGGCGUUGGAAAAGCGACGAUAUAACAGCGAAGGAUAUGGAUGACAUAAUAAAAAUUCACAAUGCUAAUAAUGAACAAGCAUGGGAGGAAGUGUUGAAAUGGGAAGCGCUUCAUGCAAAGGAAUGUAGCACUCCGAAAUUACGCAGCUUUGGAGGCAAAGCAAAACAGUACUCACCACGCGCGCGUAUUCGAUACUGGAUGGGCUAUGAACUACCGUUCGAUCGUCACGAUUGGAUCAUAGACAGAUGUGGGAAGGAUGUACGAUACAUUAUAGACUACUAUGAUGGUGGACAAGUGAAUGAAAAAUACACAUUUGCAUUAUUGGAUGUUAGACCAGCUAUGGAUUCACUGGAGAACAUUUGGGAUCGUAUGAGGGUAGCAUGGUUACGUUGGAAGUAUUGUAAUGAUUCAGAGCAAUCAGAAUGUGCCACAAAGGAGGAGAAGAUAUAGAGAUGAAUAGAAUAAUCGAGAAAUCUUAGCUUAUUGAUUAAUCACAUGCUCGUUUUAUGAGUUACUUGUUAUGUGUUACGUUCACGCAAUGUACAGUUUUUAAAAUACAAGAUGACGUAGUUACAUGAAACAGCAAAGAGGUUCACUAAUGUUUAAAAAACAAAGGAAAAAGGAAAAGAAUAUUGUACAAUUUUCUGAUAUUCUUCGAACGGUAUUUAGAUAAUUACAAAAACUCGAUUCCGGAAAAAAUAUUUUCCCUCGAACAUGGUAAAUGUAUGUUCUAAUAAAAUGGGGAAAUUUUUACAAAUUGGAGACUCGUUCUUUCAGUGUACUAUACAGUAAAAGUUCUAUAAAAGUUCUUUCGGAUCUACGCCAUGAAUGUUCAUGGUCUAUCUCCAUCAUAAGGGAAGACCACCCUUGAACCAGGCAAGCGACUAAUGUGACACGGC